CGCGCAGUGCGGCCUGGGAGAGUCGGAAGCGCGGCGAGGCUCGGCGAGGCGGCAGCGGCGGGCCCAUGCAGGACGCGGAGAACGUGGCGGCGCCCGAGGCGGCCGACCAGCGGGCAGAGCCUGGGCAGCAGCAGCAGCCGGCUGCUGAGCCGCCGCCACCGGGGGAGGAGCCGUCGCGGCCCACGGGGCCCGGCGCCCAGGAGGCAGCAGGCGGCGAGGACGCGGAGGCCGGGCCGGAGCCCGACGUGCCCGCCGAGCCCGCGGCUGACGGGGAGGAGAGGGCAGCUUCGGCCCCAGGCUCGUCCCCACCGCCGCCUCAGGAGCCCCCCGCGUCGGCCCCGGCCGUAGGAGAGGUUGCGGCGGAGCAGGCCGGGGACCCGUCGGCCGAGGCCCGGUCCGAGGGGGCGGGCGGGGAGGAUGGUGGCGCGGACGAGCCCUCCUUCAGCGACCCCGAGGACUUCGUGGACGAUGUGAGCGAGGAAGAGCUGCUGGGGGACAUUCUCAAGGAGCGGCCGCAGGAGGCGGACGGGAUCGACUCAGUGAUCGUGGUUGACAACGUUCCUCAAGUGGGGCCCGACCGCCUGGAGAAGCUCAAAAACGUCAUCCAUAAAAUCUUUUCCAAGUUUGGGAAAAUCACAAAUGAUUUUUAUCCAGAGGAAGAUGGAAAGACAAAAGGGUAUACGUUCCUGGAGUACGCCUCCCCUGCCCAUGCCUUGGACGCCGUGAAAAAUGCGGACGGCUACAAGCUGGACAAACAGCACACGUUCAGGGUCAAUCUCUUCACUGACUUUGACAAGUAUAUGACGAUCAGCGACGAAUGGGAUAUUCCAGAGAAACAGCCUUUCAAGGACUUGGGGAACCUGCGUUACUGGCUCGAGGAGGCAGAGUGCAGGGAUCAGUACAGCGUCAUUUUCGAGAGUGGAGACCGUACUUCCAUAUUCUGGAACGACGUGAAGGACCCUGUCUCCAUCGAGGAGAGAGCGAGAUGGACGGAGACCUACGUGCGCUGGUCUCCCAAGGGCACCUACCUGGCUACCUUUCACCAGAGAGGCAUUGCUCUCUGGGGGGGAGAGAAAUUCAAGCAGAUCCAGAGGUUCAGCCACCAGGGCGUUCAGCUCAUUGACUUCUCGCCCUGCGAAAGGUACCUGGUGACUUUCAGCCCCGUGAUGGACACUCAGGACGAUCCUCAAGCCAUCAUCAUCUGGGACAUCCUGACUGGGCAGAAGAAGAGGGGCUUUCACUGUGAAAGCUCAGCCCAUUGGCCUAUUUUUAAGUGGAGCCACGAUGGUAAAUUCUUUGCCAGAAUGACACUUGACACGCUUAGUAUCUAUGAAACUCCCUCCAUGGGUCUUCUGGACAAGAAGAGCUUGAAGAUCUCUGGCAUAAAAGACUUCUCUUGGUCUCCCGGCGGUAACAUCAUUGCGUUUUGGGUCCCUGAGGAUAAAGACAUCCCGGCCAGAGUGACCUUGAUGCAGCUUCCUACCAGACAGGAGAUCAGGGUCAGGAACCUCUUCAAUGUGGUGGAUUGCAAGCUACAUUGGCAGAAAAAUGGAGAUUAUUUGUGCGUGAAGGUGGACAGGACCCCAAAAGGUACCCAGGGCGUGGUCACAAAUUUUGAAAUUUUCCGAAUGAGGGAAAAGCAGGUACCUGUCGACGUGGUGGAAAUGAAAGAAACCAUCAUCGCCUUUGCCUGGGAACCGAAUGGGAGUAAGUUUGCUGUGCUGCAUGGGGAGGCCCCUCGGAUAUCUGUCUCCUUCUACCACGUGAAGAGCAACGGGAAGAUUGAACUUAUCAAAAUGUUUGAUAAGCAGCAGGCAAAUACCAUCUUCUGGAGCCCCCAGGGACAGUUCGUCGUGUUGGCUGGCCUACGGAGCAUGAACGGUGCCUUGGCCUUUGUCGACACCUCGGAUUGUACAGUCAUGAACAUCGCCGAGCACUACAUGGCCUCCGACGUGGAGUGGGACCCCACCGGGCGCUACGUGGUCACCUCUGUGUCCUGGUGGAGCCACAAGGUGGACAACGCCUACUGGUUGUGGACCUUUCAAGGGCGCCUUCUGCAGAAGAACAACAAGGACCGCUUCUGUCAGCUGCUCUGGAGGCCCCGGCCCCCCACGCUGCUGGGCCAAGACCAGAUCAAGCAAAUUAAAAAGGAUCUGAAGAAAUACUCCAAGAUCUUUGAACAGAAGGAUCGUCUGAGCCAAUCCAAGGCCUCGAAGGAACUAGUGGAGAGAAGACGCACCAUGAUGGAGGAUUUCCGAAAAUACCGGAAAAUGGCCCAGGAGCUCUAUAUGGAACAGAAAAACGAACGUCUAGAAUUGCGAGGAGGUGUGGACACGGACGAACUGGACAGCAACGUGGAGGACUGGGAGGAGGAGACCAUCGAGUUUUUCGUCACCGAGGAGAUCAUCCCCCUGGGCAGCCCAGAGUGACGGGAGCAGGUGCGUCCCCUGGCCCGUGCCGGAACAAGGUCGUCCUGCAGAGAGCCCACACGACACCUGGAUGUUCCCUGUGCUUUCUCUCGCUGCAGGCCGUGCGCCCGGUUCUCCGUCCCCACGCAUCACUGUGCCUUUAGCCCCCCCGGCCUCCGCCGCAGGGAGCAUUUCAAGGCACCGCUUUACUCUUUUCUCGUUUGGGGUUUGUAAGGUCACACCACCAGUGUUUGUUACUCAGACUCGUGCACGGCGGAGGCAGGUUCCUGCCUUCUGGGACACGGCCCAGUGGUCAUUCUCCAGUGAUUUGUCCUGUCUCUAAUGCGGGGGCCAGCGUGGCUGUGUUCCAGACACGCGAGCCGCGCACCAGUGUCCCCGCGCCAUUCAGGUUGUGCUAGGUUCACAACGGGCUGAGCGUGGAAAUAAAAGCAAACCUGUAUGAAAACGCUGUCUUUCUCCUCUCUUUGAACUUAGAUAGCGGCCUUGAACUUGAUGCCUGUGCCCAGUCCCCCUGUGGCGGCGGCAGAGGUGCUGCUGGCCCCUCGGGCAGCUCUUCCGCCUCCUGGUUUGGUUGUGUUUUCUCAGCUGAGCUCUGGAAAGUAAAGCACUGGUCUGAUCAGUGCAGAAGAAGUUUUUUCAGCAUUUUUUGUUUUCCAUGCUUGUUUCAUCUGUUGGGAAAGAUCCUUCUAGACCUUUCCUUGGAGUCCUACAAGUUUGAAGUUGUCCGUGAGAGUUGUCACUUUAGCCGCCAUCAUGUGGUUCUCUUUGAAUAUUUAACUCGGUUCCUCUCCUGUGAAGGGAGUGAGCAAAUCCACGUAAUUUCAGCCCCUGUGUAUUUGCGAUGUCUGCUGCCCACCUGUGCCUUGUCAGCUCCGCCGCAUCACCUCUUUCUUCCCGUCUCUGGGAGCUUGAAGCCUGGGUUCAAAAGCAGCACACAGAAUGGGCUCACUGUGCUUUCACGGCUGUGGCGCCCAUGAGCCUGAUACAUUGGGAUUGGAGGAGAAGCUGCUCGGGCGGCUGGGGCCACGGUGCUGGAGGAGAGUGUGGGCCGCCUGUCCCCAGUCCUAGGACCCCCCCCCCCCAAGUUUGGAUGAGGCGCCCGGCGCUCUCCCCAGUUCCUGGUCACACCCGGCAGCACACAGUGUCUGGUGUUUCUUACUGGCUUCCACUCCCUUUCAAUCUCAACGUGCUUGACUUAGGUUUUUACUUUGAUGACGGUAAGGAGGAAAAGGCUCAUGUUUUGAUUGUGUUCACAGUUUUAACAGCUUUCAAAAAAUUUACUUUGGACUGUUUCCAACUCAGCAGUUGUAAUUGUUUUACAUGAUUUGUUAAUAAAAGAAUUUCGGAAACA